GGGGGGAUUGGCACCGGCCAGUAGUUAAAGGAGGCAGCCGGCAGCUGUGCUCCUCUAGAGCAGAGCAUGGGCGAUCCUCUUUAGUGGUCGACUCGCCAGUCCUUGUGAUUUCCCCGCCUGCCUCCCACCGUUGCACCUUUUCCUCCACGACGGCCAAGGUCAUCAUCUUGCAGAACUUCAGGAACAAGUGCAACCAUGGCCACCUCUGCAAGUUCCCACUUGAGCAAAACUAUAAAACAGAUGUACAUGAAACUGCCUCAAGGUGACAAGGUGCAAGCUAUGUACAUAUGGAUUGAUGGAACUGGUGAAUUCUUGCGCUGUAAAACCCGGACAUUGGAACGUGAGCCCAAGAACGUUGAAGACCUACCAGAGUGGAAUUUUGAUGGCUCAAGCACUUUCCAGUCUGAAGGCUCAAACAGUGACAUGUAUCUUGUGCCUUCAGCCAUGUUUCGAGAUCCUUUCCGCAAAGACCCAAACAAACUGGUUUUAUGUGAAGUUUUAAAGUACAACCGCAAGCCUGCAGAAACAAAUCUACGAACUACUUGUAAAAGGAUUAUGGAUAUGGUGUCUAACCAGAAUCCUUGGUUUGGAAUGGAGCAAGAAUAUACCCUUCUAGGAACAGAUGGACAUCCCUUUGGUUGGCCUUCCAAUGGCUUUCCUGGACCACAAGGGCCAUACUACUGUGGAGUUGGAGCAGACAAAGCUUAUGGUCGAGACGUUGUAGAAGCUCAUUAUCGGGCCUGCCUAUAUGCAGGUGUUAACAUUGGAGGCACAAAUGCAGAAGUUAUGCCAGCACAGUGGGAGUUUCAGGUGGGCCCUUGCGAAGGUGUUGACAUGGGCGAUCACCUCUGGAUUGCUCGAUUCAUCCUUCACCGAGUAUGUGAAGACUUCGGGGUCAUUGUAUCUUUUGAUCCCAAGCCUAUUCCUGGCAACUGGAAUGGAGCUGGAUGCCAUACUAACUUCAGCACUAAGAACAUGCGAGAGGAAGGAGGCCUCAAGCAGAUCGAAGACGCCAUUGAGAAGCUGGGUAAGCGUCACCAGUACCACAUCCGCGCCUAUGAUCCCAAAGGAGGGCUGGAUAACGCCAGGCGCUUGACUGGUUUCCAUGAAACAUCAAACAUCCAUGAGUUCUCUGCUGGAGUUGCCAACCGUGGGGCCAGCAUUCGUAUCCCAAGAAACGUGGGCCAGGUUAAAAAGGGCUACUUUGAGGAUCGACGGCCCUCCGCUAACUGCGACCCGUAUGCUGUGACCGAAGCACUAGUCCGUACCUGCCUGCUCAAUGAAACUGGCGACGAACCUUUUGAGUACAAGAACUAAGUGGGCUUGUCCCAUUGUGCUCCCGCUCUCUUCUGCAUUUUCUAGAUAUUAAUUGUGAGGGCAUGAAAUUCCAUGUUUGUGCUCCCUCUCCUAAAACUGACCCUUUUAUUUCUUUGUAUGGGAGAGGGAAGUGUAGUCUCUUUCACUGUUUGUUCUGUCAUUUGAGGGGCACAGGAGAAGACAAGUGGGGUUUUACCACUAUUUCAUGUAAUUCAUCUGUAUGUCUUUGACUGGGUUUCAGUAGCUUCCAGGAAUAGAUGCCAAAAUUGAGACCUGGGUUGUGGAGUGGAGAUAGAAAAAGUAAUUAUCUUUGGGGUCUAAUUGUUCUCCCUCCCUGGAUUUGCACUUCAUGGGCUAUGCUGAAAUGAGCAAAAGUGCAAUUGCGUAUCAUUCACUUUGGUGAAAUGAAUAUGGCAUCUUACCACCACUUAAAGUGCUGGUACUCAAUACAGAUCCACAAUGAAGUUCUCUCAAGGGCAAGAAGACAUAUAGUAAUAUCUUUUCCUUGGACUCCUAAAGUAUUCCUACGUGCAGACUUUUUCCUGCCAGAAUUAGAAAUAUUUUCAUGUUCUUAGGUCUUAGGCCAUUGUUCCCUUCUUGGGAUUAGAAAUUGUAGAAUUUAUUUAAGAAGUUGCAGAACACUUCAGUCUGUUCUUGGAAGCUAACUGAUUUUCUGUUUCUAACACAAAGUGAAAUAGUCUUUUUAUAUAUAUUUAAAUGUCUAAAAACACCUAUGAAAAUCGUCGUCCUUUUUUUUAAGGUACACUAAAUCAACCCUUUGCUGCAAGGGUCUGUUGGUUAAGGUUUGUAGAUAAAAUGGGAAGGUGGGAAAAAGUUUGUUGAGAAGAAAAGUUAGCUAUGUGCUGUCGUUUUCAACGACCAGUUUGAAGGUUUGUUACACAAGAAGCUGUCGUUUACAGGCUUAUAAAUUAAAAUAGGCAUUAACUUUUAAGUCAAACUAAAGCCGCUGGCUGUCUAGGCUGAGCGGCGUGCGGCUGGCUGCAACAGAGAUGUGCUUAUGCUUCAAUGAAGAGUUGACUGGUCAACUUUAACCAUAUUUUUGACAAAUAAUUGGCAGGGAAUGGAGGGCAUUAAAGUUCUCGGUACGCUUCGCAUUAAAGCAGGGCUUUUCAAAUGGAAGGCAAAAGAGCACAGGAUGGGAGGGGAAAUGGAUUUUUUCGAGAUUUUAAAUAACACAUUUUUAGGAGUUUCUAAAGUUGUACAGUUUUACAGAGACCACUGCUAUUCCAGUAGGUAUACCUUGGCACUCAAACAUACCUGCCACUUCUGCCAGGGAGUUGUUAAUAAGCAUAGUUGACUUCAGAGGAAAUAUUAGUGGCUCAGGAUUUUGUACUUUGGUGUCUUGGAUGGUGCCAAUCAGUUUCCGCUGCAUUUGGACCUUGAGAAGGGGGGCGGGAGGGGAUUUGUAAUAAAAUAAUUAAAUCCAA